CAUGAUUCAAACAAAAGUUGUUAACCCAAGCCUUAGAUUAGAAGCCUAUUUUCCCAUGAUAUUCCAUUGAAAUUUGUGUAAAGAGUGGCCUUAAUUGUGAAAAUCAUAAAUUGAGUUCCGAUUCAACAAAAUGGACAUCAAUGAAGUAAGCACCACAGAAGACCUAUGGACCCCGUACAAGGAGCUGGCAGCGGUGGUGGACAGUUACUUGAGCAGCGACGGUGGCAGCGCGCCCUACGCCGUGCACACCUUCGAGGCGGUGCUCCGGCGGCAGGCGCAGGCCUUCCGGGCGCUGCCGCAUAACCCACCAAAGAACCCGACGAGCCGUGAGGAGAUCAAGCGCGGUGUCACGGAAGGCGUGACGCUGCCCAGCCUGGGCAAGACCGUGCUCUCCAAGGAGCUGGUGGACGAGGCCAUCAUCAUAUCGGACAUGUUCAACGUGAACGAGUACCUGGCGCUGGAGUUGCUCCACACAGCGCAGCGCCAGGGCCCGCGGCACCCCGGGCUGGCGCGCGGGCUGCUGGCCGUGCUGCUGUACUACGACGGGCGGCGCGCGCUACUGCAGGCGCUCAAGGACACGCUCACCGCCCGGGACGGAGUCUGCUGGUCAAUAAAUGCGCGCGAGGACAUCGUGAAGUACGUGACCCGCUACGUGGACCAGCUGAUCCGCGACGGGCUGCUGGGCGGCGUGCUGGACUCGCUGCGCGGGUUCACGCUGGGCGGCCAGCUUGAACUAUUGCAGCAACACAGGGCACUACCUCCGCGCGAGCAUCACACCAAACUCGCGAGAUCUAUAGAAGGCACCAGACAGCUGCUAGCCGGAGUGGUGUUCGCCGCGGCGGCUCAGCGCGGGCUCGAGCGGGACACGCUGCUGCGGCUGAUCAACGAGCAAACCACGUCUCCGUCACAAGGGCCGACGGGCGCGCUGGACGAGGUCUCGCUCGCCCUACAGAUGGCGCUGCUGUACGCCUUGGACCUGUCCGUCCUACACCGACGCGAGGACGGCGAGGAGUUGGCGAAGAAACUGCCCCUCAUCCAGGACCCGGAGCUAAUUGGCAUCCUGGUCGACGAGCUGCUGCCCGGCCGCCCCGCAGCCAAGGAGACCAAGUCCAAAGCAGGGCAAGGAGCCCUGGCGCUGUGCCAGCUGUCGCUGGGCCUGGCGCUGGCCGCGCUGCGCCGCGCGCCGCAGUCGCUCUCGCUGUCGCGCGACCAGUCGCACCGGGACGAGGAGCUAGUCGACGCCGCGACCGACAACAAGGUGUUCGAGUACUUAGACGAGGCCAUACUGUCCACAGACCUCGUGCUGAAGGAGGAGUACUACCAGCGCAGGGUACACGUGCUACUCACGGACUUCAUUGUGCUGAUGCACUCCAAGCUGGUCGAGAUGAGGGUCAAGGCUGACGAAGCAGCUCGCGCCAUCCAAGUGUACGUGGCCGAGGGCCUGACGCCUCCGCCCGGCGCCGGCCAGAGCCGCACGCGGCUGGACGCGCUCCUGCGCUGCGUGGAGCGGCUGUACGCGCGGGACCCGCUCGGCCUGCGCCACGAGUACUGGCAGGCCGAGCAGCACCCGCCCAGCAGGUCCGCAGCGGGCGGGCGCGCCACCAUCCUGUACAAGUUCGUCCGGCUGUCGGGCGAGCUGGUGUGCCCGGCGCUGCUGCCCGGGUACCUGCGCGCGCUGGCCUCGCUGGCCGUGCCCGAGCACACGUGGGCGCUGCUGUCGCGCCGCGACGCGCUCUCCGCACACCAUCUGCUCUCCGCGCUCAGGCGGUACCACUGCCACCUCCGCACGGACCUGGCGCCGUUCUCGGAGACCAUGCACGCGGCGGCGCUCGGCGGCUCGGCCGUCGUCACGCCCGCCGCGAGGCCCGGCCACAUGCUCGUCAGGCAGGAAGAGGUGGAAGCAAUGAUAGCGGCACUGAAGUUGAUAGCGGCCGUGGCUCGAGAGGACGCCGCCGCGAGCGCCGCCGUAUGCGAGACGCUGCAGUGGGACGCCACCAACACCAUGUUCGGUCUGAUGUGCUGCCAGAUCCCCAUUCAGCUGAAAGCGGCCCUCUGCGACACGCUGAGCGCACUCGGCGGAGCGCCCGGGCCCGCGGCCCGCGUGUGGGCGGCCCUGGAGGCCGCGCAGCUGGUCGGCGACGGUCGAGGGCUGCAGGCCGACCUCAACGAGAUCGAGACCCGAAUGGAAGAAUAUCCGCUAACCAUCGCGUUCCUCAAGCUCCUGAUAUCGCUGUGCUCGGCGGCUCCGCUGCCUCGCUCGCUGGGGGCCGGGGCGCGGGUCCCCGGGCUGGACCCUUACGUGCAGCACGUCACCCGCGUGGCGCUGGCCGCGCCGCACCGCCCCUACAAGAAACCUUCACAACGACACCAGAUCCUGUCCCUCUGCUACGAGCUGUUUACCAUCUGGCUGGAGCGGUACUCGCCGUCGCCGUCGGACCUGCCCCCGCCGGAGCGCGAGCCGAGCGGCGCGCCGCCGCCCGGCUGCCGCGUGCUGGCGCAGCUGCACGAGCCGACCGACCUGCUGCGGCUCACGCUCGCCACGCUCGACGAGGUGCCCGCCCUGCUGGACCGACAGGAGCAAUACCUAGAGGAAUGCAUCACUCACGUGUUGACGAUACUGGAGCGAGCGUUGGCCCUCGAGCGAGCUCUGGUGCGCAGCGCAAGCGAGGCCGGCCGCUCGGUGCUAAUAUUGGGGCUGUCCAAACUGAUUCUGGAGCCGGGCCCGAAUGGAAACGAUCGUCUGACGCACGUGUGCCGCGUGCUGGCACACGGCUCCUCGCUUCCCUCGUGCGCCGCGCGCGCCGCCGCGCUGCUGGCCCGCGCGCUGCUCGAGCCCGCCGCGGCGAGACAUCUGCAGGAACACGCCGGCCACAGGGCCCGGGAGAUACGACACUGGUUCGUGGAAUGCCUGGACGCGGACGAGCGGGCCGCGGCGCCGGGCGCGGGCGUGCGGCGCGCCAAGGAGCUGGUGGUGGGGAUCCUGCAGCACGCGCUGCCCAGCGCCGCGCCCAACCUCUCGCACCUGCUGCUUGGCUACCAGAAACAUGAAGACAUCUCGCGCAGCGUGCUGCACGAGCCGGGAGUGGGCGGCAGCCCGCGGACCUGUCUCCACUCCGUGCUCGACAUUCUGGACGCUCACAUCGCCGGACAGAACAGCCACGAGAGGCAAGCCGACGACCUGAUAGAGAGCUGCUACAGACUGGUGUACUGGGUGGUGGCGCGCGCCAACACGUCGGCGCCGGCGCUGCGCCUGCUGCGCGCCCGCGACCACUUCCUGUCCAGACACGUGCGCGCCACCACCAACCUGCAGACGGCGUGCGUAGCCACCCUGUCGUCUCGCUCUUGGGUGCUCCGCGCAUGCGCGAGCGAGGUGGGCUGCGCGUGCUGCGCGCGCCAGCACGCCGCCAUCAGCGCGCUGCUCCGCGCGCUCGCCGCCACCAACCGCCCGCAGGAAUGGGAAGGAGAGGGCUGCUUGCUCCGGAGGUGUCUCAGCGCGCUCCCCGUGUCCGCGCCGCCGCCCCCGGAGCCGGAGUGGGAACUGUUCAACCCCACACUACUCGCCCAGGCUAUAGCCAGCUGUGAUAUACCUGCAGGUCCAUCAUCGAAGCGCAUCUCGGUCCCGCGCGUGCACGCGCUGCUGGCGCGCGACCUCGCCGCGCUGCCCGUGUCGCAGCCGCAACGCGCGCUAGUCUCCGCCGAGAUACAGAAGGUGCUGGACUACGUCACAGACGUGAACAAGCAGCGAAACCUAGCGGCCACGCUCACGCACUACUACGACUCGUGGCGCCAGCUCACCGAGAUCAUCUUCUGCGUCGCGCCCCGGGACCUGCUCACCCUCGACGCCAAGAAGAACCUCCUCAUCUGCGUCCUGCGAGACCUCCUCAACAAAAUACCUGACGCGGAUCCCCCGGUCACACCACAACUGGGAGUCCUAGCCUCGGGAACUGUUCUGCUCCUCCUGGUGAACCUGAGGCACUGUUACAUGUCGCAAAGGAAGGAAUCCGACACGAAAUCCUCAGACUUCGACGCGACAUUCUUCGGCUCGAGCCGGACGCCGACCGAAUCUCUGCCGCUCAAGUUUAUCCUGCACAAGAUCCUCUCGUGGAUACUCGUGUCGGGCGACCGGUCCCCGAAGCUCCGCGUGAACCUGUACGGGGCGCUGCUCAACUUGCUGAACAUAGUGAACGUGAAACAGCGGGGCGAGGAGCACGACCAGGACGCCACGUACGUGCGCCGCCUGGACGCGUCCCGGGCGCGCCGCACCGGGGACGAGUCCUCGCUGAAGACCGUGCUCAUCGAUGACAUCAAAUAUUAUGGGGUCAAUCUUUACAGUAUCAUAGGCGCGGACUGCGUUCGAGCCGGGCACGACGCGUGCCGUAUGGUGGCACUGGCCUGCAUGGACUCGCUCAUAGACAUAGACCCGAGGACAGACUGGAUCGACGCGCUCAGCAACCAGGGCCUGCUGCGCUCCCUCAUCGACAGCCUGCUGUCCAUGGACGAGGGGCUCCGCGAGGCGGUGGAGCCGAACCCGAAGUCCCUCCGCGUGAUCUACCUGUACGAGUCGAAGAUGGCGCUGCUGACCCGCGUGGCGGGCUCCGCGGCCGGCGCCGAGGCGCUGCUGGCGCUCGGAGCCCUGCAGGCCCUCGCCGAGCUCACGGUGCUGCGCAGCCACCCCGACAUACACGCCCCCGGCGAGCAGUUCGUGCCGGACCAGGCCGACAGAUAUCGUCAAAUCCUGAUCCCGGCCCUGGCGCUCUGCGACGCGCUGCUGACAACCCUGGGCAGCGAGAACGAGAGCUGCGUACAUCUGAUCAUGCAUCUCCUUUACACCAACGUGGAGUGCAUGGACAUGGUCCUACGCGCCGCCCACCCCACGUCGGCCCCGGGCCUGCUGACCGAGGUGGAGUGGCUGACGUCGGUGCUGGCGCGCUGCUCCGCCUGCCCGGCCUUCGGCGCCGGCGACCUGGCGGCCGAGCGCGUCGCGCGCACGCGCCCGCUGCUCGCCGCGCUGCUGCCGAGGUUCCAGCGGGCGCCCACAGCGCCGGACCUGGACCUCACCACUUACUACCGGGUACUGUACCUCCCCUGCUGCCGACGGCCCCGCUGCCGAGGUUCCAGCCCGCCCACAGCGCCGGACCUGGACCUCACCACUUACUACCGGGUACUGUACCUCCCCUGCUGCCGACGGCCCCGCUGCCGAGGUUCCAGCCCGCCCACAGCGCCGGACCUGGACCUCACCACUUACUACCGGGUACUGUACCUCCCCUGCUGCCGACGGCCCUGUUGCCGAGGAUCCAGCGCCUCCGACCCCCGCCUAUUACCGACCAUCGUCUGCAACAUCCUGACGUUCACCCGCAAUACCGUGGAGUCUUGGUUCCUGACCGGCGCAGCCCCCGGCCCGCUGCCGCCGUACACGGCAGUCCUGACGCUGCUCCAAGACUCCGUGUCGCACGCGCACCACAACAACAAGGCGCUCACCACCACCCUGCACCGGCUGGCCCCCGCCCUGAACGGCACCUGGCAGAGCGCCCCCGGCACAGUCCCGACAGAGCUGCGCAAGGAGCUGGCCGCCACCUUCAGCGAGCGGUUCACGCAGAGCCUACUCGACUGCGCAGAGACGCAGUCGACGCAGCGGUUCUUCCUGGACGUGAUCGUGAAGGACAUCAAGACGAUGAUGCAGUUCUAGCGAGCCGG